AUGGGUGCUUUCGAUGGGCUCAGAGGCGACCAGGCGACAUCAGGAUUUUGGGGAGAACAUACGAGUACAAUCGACUGGUGCGAGAACAACUACACCCACACUCGCUACAUUGCCGAGUUUGUCAACACGCUCUCCAACCUCCCGUCCAUCCUCAUCGGCUUUUACGGCGCCUACGCAGUCCUGCAGAACAAGCUGCCUAAACGGUUCGCGAUAUGCUAUCUGGGUCUGAGCAUGAUAGGGCUGGGCAGCUUUGGGUUCCACGCGAGUCUGAAGUGGGAGUGGCAGUUGAUGGAUGAGUUGCCAAUGAUCUAUGUCGUCUCUUACGCGGCAUACCUCGUGCUCGACACUCGUCCUGGAUGGGAACCACGGUUCGGCGUCUGGGGACCAUUGGUGAUGUUGGCCUGGGACGUGUUUGUGACGGUGUCAUACAUCUGUCUCCCGAACCCGGUCUACCACCAAGUCGCGUUCGCCUCCAUCCUUAUCACUUCGACCCUCCGGACGCUCGUGCUCAUCCUCAAGCGUCUUCCCGAGGGCCACCCGGCCAGAGCGAUAAUAGGCAAGCUCAUGGGAUGGGGCGUGGGCAUCUUUGCGGCGGGCUUUGCGAUUUGGAAUAUCGACAAUAUUUUCUGUGAACAGUUCAGGGACAUACGGGCUGCUAUAGAGCCGUUUGACUUUUUGGUACAAGGACAUUCAUAUUGGCAUUACAUGACUGGCUACGGAGCGUAUUUGAUCUUUACGGCUUCGAUAUACCUCCACUGCCUGAUCAAGGACGACCCGGACGCGUACUGUAUCACCGGCUACUGGCUCCCCAUGAUCAAGCGCAAAGCGACCAUGACCCCCAAGCACGGCGAGAAGAUGACUUUGGCUCCUACCGAGAAGCUGGACUAG